AUGCUUUGGACUGAGAUCUCUAGUUGUAUAGAUCGAGACUUGCCUUAUGAUGGACUGCCGGAUGAGGCUGUUUUGAUUAAUUGUCAGAAGAUCCCGAUCCAGGUAUAUCGGUGGAAUGCUUGGACUUCCGUGCGUGGCGUAGUUGUUUUAUUACAUGGAGUACGUGCCCAUUUGCGGCUGACGUGGUUGGCGAAGCGCCCACCUAACCACGUACACUCCAGAGACCCUUUGGAUAUAGUCAGUCGAGACUUAGUAGUAAGCCCAGACUUAGUAGUGAGUCCAGACUUAGUAGUGAGUCCAGACCUGGCGGGUCGAGACCUGGCGGGACGAGACCUGGCGGGACGAGACCUGGCGGGACGAGACCUGGCGGGACGAGACCUGGCGGGACGAGACCUGGCGGGACGAGACCUGGCGGGACGAGACCUGGCGGGACGAGACCUGGCGGGACGAGACCUGGCGGGACGAGACCUGGCGGGACGAGACUUGAUGUCAAACGCUUGGUUGACGCCGGAACUUGAUCCCGUAUUGGAUCAACCGCACAGUGCACGGGGUUACGAAUAUGAUGACCAGGAGAGCCCGUGUAGCGCUUCCACGUCCGCGUCUGCCGGAGAUUCAAUGUCGAUGGAAUUCCCGUCCAAGUUGGCAGAGCCAAUCGCGGAUGAGCCGGCAGUGGUGACGGAGGAAGUGGACUCGAAUGUCCAGGGACUGGACUCGAACGCGGGAGUGCCGCGUCCCGAGCGAACGGUGACAGGGAAGGUGGAGUGGAGUGGCCGAUUGCGGAAGGACACACCUGCCUACGCGUCUGUGUCGAAUGACGUGAAGGAAACGCAGAUCUUUUAUGAAGGGUCCUGGAUCGAAGCCUUGAACGCAGCGGGCUAUGUGGUAUAUGGAAUGGACCUCCAAGGUCAUGGCAAGAGUGGUGGGUUCAAAGAUCGUCGUUGCGUUGUCAAUGACUUCGACGACUACACCAAGGAUUUAAUCCAGUUCCUUCAGGAGGUUCGAGCGGAGCGUCCCCACGAUCAGUUGGUGGUGGUGGGAGUGUCUCUGUCGACACUCACCGUUUGUCGAAUGCUACAGAGCCCACACUGCAAGGAUCUGAACAUCCGCGCUUGCUGUUUGCUCUCCGGCUUCCUCAAGGAAGGUGGCAUGUACCAACGACUGCGCCUUGUCAUGUCAGUCCUGUCUUUGAUGCGAAACGUCUUACCCAACGUACCCAUUGUAACACCCAAACGGCCGGAAACGAACGGACCGGACUGGCAGAUGAAGUUCGGCUUGGCUGACCCCUACUUGAUUCGCACGCCCUUUACCGCCAAAAUGCUUGGCACCUGCAUCAAGGCUCUAGACGAGUUCAACCUGACCAGCUCCUUACAACUCCUACUCGACAACGCUGGGUGCAAGUACCUACACAUGUUCCACAACUUCCACGACAAGGUAAACCCCGUCGACGGGUCCAUCCAGCCACUCACCUGGCUCAUGGACCAACUGCAGCGAGCCAAACAAGACAGCAGGCAAGACAACGAACAGAUGGUGAUUGGGGGCCACAUAUUCAACUGUCCAGAAGGCCCUUUACCAAAAGUGAAGACGGCGUCCACGGGAAGUCGGAUCAAAUCCGCGCUGCUCACCCCUUUGUCCAGCGCUGUGCCUCUGAUGGCGACACACAUGCCCUUCCCCUUUCCUUUCCCGCGACCGCUAUCCUCGCAGUCGGACCCGGUUUUGUUGAACGCGACGCCGCUGAGCUCGGCCCCGCUGAGCUCAGAGCCGAUGAGUUCGGAGCCGACUGCCGCAGGUUCGAGGAACAGCUCUGCCCGGAACAACUCCCCCGCCAGCGACUUUAACACGCCGCAAGCCCGACACUUUGCUUGCGCUCCGGACGAGAAUGUAAAGCCGUACACGAUGGACCUCAGCGGGAUCCAACUCAGUGAGAUGCAGCUUACCGGGAUGGGCCUGAACAGCAUGGACUUCAGCGACGUGGUGCCACAAGAACUAGACGAGUUUCUGAAGGCCAGCGACAGCCUCAAGCAGCCUGCGAGGAUUACCGCAGAUGUUGAAGAGGAUCGGUAUGGCAAAGACAACUUGGACAACCGCCGACUGUUGGACGGGCGAGUGAUCGACGGCGGGGUCAUGGAAGGCUACACCGUAGCCGACGAGCUCGGGAGUCUAUCGGAAGACGACACAGAAGCGAACAUUAAGGCUUAUUGCUUCCCGCCGGAACGACUACUGGAUGAGAGGCAAUUACAGGCAGAAGGUAACAGCAGUGGAGUUGUGGACGACAGUGGGCUGACAGUUAGUCGUAAUAUAGGAAUUGGCGGUAUUGGAGUUGGUAAUCGAGUUUGGGAUGUUUCGCCGCCGGGUGUGCACGCGGCCGUGAUGGGAGAGUAUCCCACUGGUAGUAUUCGACGACAUUUCCGGUUGUGGCGGAAGACCCGGCUUGGGUGUGAGGAGCAAGAAAUGCGACCGAGGGAGCAUGCUGGUAAGGUACAAUGGGAUCGCGAUUUGGAUCAUUGGAAUGAUGAAAUAGUCCGAGACGAGAGGAAGUUGGAUCUGGGACAUACACUAAUUACAGACCAUGAUAAUUUGAUUGUAUUCAGUGAAUUCUGGACUUGGCUCCAGAGUAUUAGACAAAGGAGAUGGUUUGACCGCAUUUCGAACCGGGUGGCGGCCCAUCGACAGCGUAAAGUGUCCGUGUCGGCUGCCUUGCAAAACAACGCUACUAGUUCCCUCAUCCAAACCCGGAACGAUCUAAAGUUGACUAAAGACAAAUUACAGGAAGAAGCACAGGCACUUUUACUUCGAGGCGACCGCAGCUUGGCGUUGCAGAAUUUGGUUCGCGUUCGGAUGAUUGACAGACAGCUAGAAGUGAUAGAUGCGCUGGUACUGAGGGUGCAUCAGGUGAUGUUUCGCAUUGAGACAUCAUCACUGGAACAAACUGCUGUAGAAACAUUAUCCAUUUUGGGACUGCAGCACCAAGAGACUCAGAAGGAUUUUAACGUUGACUCCGUUCGAUCAGUUAUCGACGUAUUGGAACAGAGUGAGUCUUCUCACGAUCGAAUGGCAACAUUAAUCACCGGUGGGAUCGUGAAUGAGACUUCAGCCGCGGUGAAAGAACUUGACGAUCUCGAAAUCAAGCGUAAGGGCGUUCGAAUAACUAACUAA